AUGACUGCGCACGAGGUACAUGCUGCUCCCCGAUUCUCGAAGCGUGCAUUGCAUUUCCGGCGACUUCUCCUCACCCGUGGACUACACGCCUAUCGCCGUUCGGAGUCAUCGCCCAAGCGACCGCCAGAGCAGCCGGCGCAUACUGUGGUGCACUGGAUGUAUCGGGACCGUGCUCGCUGGCGCGAGGAGGUUGGAGAAGCUCGAGAAACUGCCAGAUGGACCGUCAACCACGUCGGCGCACUUGAGCGGCGCAUGGUCACUCUUGAGGAGCACCUCGUCGGGCAACGCUGUGUGAAUCCGUUCGAUGACCAUCCCUUCAUUACUGCCAAGCGCAAUACCACUCACGGAGAAGACGACAUGACGCUCUCCCCCACUGUCGCUUCACCCUGA